AUUUUUUUUUAGCUCUGACCACUUUUUUUUGCCCGUCGCAAACCCGUAACAACGGAGCUCGACAAGCCAGUAGCAAAGACAACAACGAAAGCAAAUACGAAAUGCCAUAAUCAGUGCAAAUUAUGGAUGAGAGGCGAGACCUUCGCAAGUUUCCCCGUGGGGAGAGGUGUCCAGAAUGUGGUGCUCGAAGAUGGUAUUUGGAGAAUGGUCUGCGCUUCUGCUUCAACGGGCAUCAGGUUGAGGGAUUUAUUCAAUUCGACAUUGGUGAUGAUGUCGAUGCUGGUCAGCUUGGUAAAAAGACAAAGAAAGACAAGGAGGUUAAGGAAAAAGAGCUGCGACAUCUCACAGGGCAAGCAGGCAAGAAUCUGUUUCUCGAAUGUUUACAGCUAGUGUUGAGGCAACAGCUCCUUUGGCUCGUUCAGAGCAAAGGUCAUCGAGAAGAGCUUGAGACUGUCGUGCGCGAUCUGUGGGAUCUUCGUAUUCGAGGCUCCGGGGCACUCCUAGCUGAGGAGGAAACGCAACAAACGGGUGAUGGCCUUGCGAUAUUCAGUUCGCAGCCUACAGGCACAGAAAAUGAUGAUACGCCGAAGAAGCAGGGCGCAAGAGCUCGUAGCUGGAAUCCAGAGGACAACCCAGAUUGGCCUGUGCCGAGAAUGAUUGAAACCCUGGCCUUGUGCUAUCUCGGAUGCUUGUUGCUCAGGAUACCUACCACGGUUGGGGAGCUGUGUGCCUGGGCCAAUUCUGGGCGAAUACCUUAUAAACGUUCAUUCUACGACCUUCCUGAAGAAAUGCAAGAUCGAUUACCAUCUGCUUACACCAGAGCCCUCAAACUACCCCUGCGCUCAUCUCUUAGGGGCAUCGACCUGCACAAUGCUGUGCUGGAUCUCUCUCUCUCAUAUCAUCACAACUAUGGAAUGGUAUUCCCCGCUAUCAAUGAUACGCCAACUAUUGUGCACUUUGCCAGGCAGCUCACUUUACCAGUGGAAACGCUCAUCACAGCAAGAAGCAUACUAUCGGUUAUGAAGUUCUCUUUUCAGUUACCCAUUGAGCAGUCACGGCGAUUUCAUAUAGACUAUCCCGAGAUCUUGCUCAUGUCGGCUAUCGUGGUUGCAGCAAAGCUGUGCUUUCCAUUAGGACAACACGCCCCUUUUCUUCGCGCCGCUGGCAGAGAGCAGAGUAUCGGGUUCGAUUGGACAACAUGGUAUAAGGGCGUCCAAGAAUUAAUAGAGGCAUCUCAAACAUCUGAGAAGAAGCCCAGCUUCGAUCAAGUUACGGCUGACCAAGUUACUUCAAUGACGACCGAGGAGCUUGACCAGUACUUUGCUCAUAUUGCGAGCACGAUCGACAGGAAGAAUGAUUCAGAAAUCACCAAGUUCUUUCCAUCAGAGAACGCAGCUCCUCCAGAAGCUCCUCCACGAGAAAACACUGAACAAGAUAACGACCACAAGAUGCGGAAGAUCCUUGGCCAAGCAAUUACAGUAAGAGGAGAGGAGGGGUCAGAACAAGACGGGGAAACUCUAGCAGAACCAAGUUAUGAAGCGUUCCGUUCGGUCGAGGACCUUACAGAGACAGCGCAGGCGUUGUAUGAAGCUGCUGGUCACAUAUCAGGUCUGUCGCUUGAUGAAAUAGUGCAAGCAGUUUACAUGUUGGAGCAGAAGAUGAUCUACUGGCAAUUGAAGAGACGCCGAGAAGAAGAGCGAGAAGAGGAAGAGGAAGAGGAAGAGGAAGAAGUUAUUUGAUCAUGUCACUAACAUGGUGGAUAAUAAUUGAUACCCUUAUGACUUAUAUCUAAUAAGCUUCCAUGUAAAUCAGGGCAUGAUAUCAUGGGUGCUGGAUCCACUCCCCCCUCGUCUCACAGAAACGUCCCAAAUCUGGUGGCAGGAGUCAACACGUGACUAUCUCCAACCUUAGGGCUUCCCUUCGUUUUUGAACUUGUUCGCCCCACCAAUAUUGUGCGCAGAAAGAAGCCCGGCUUUCCAAUCCUCACAUCGUCACGUCACAAAAAUCAGUAAAGAUGCAGAUUUUCGUGAAGACCCUGACGGGCAAGACCAUCACCCUCGAGGUCGAGUCCUCGGACACCAUCGACAAUGUCAAGUCCAAGAUCCAGGACAAGGAGGGCAUUCCCCCGGACCAACAGCGACUGAUCUUCGCUGGUAAGCAGCUCGAGGAUGGCCGAACUCUCUCCGACUACAACAUCCAGAAGGAGUCCACCCUUCACCUCGUCCUCCGUCUCCGUGGUGGUAUCAUUGAGCCCUCGCUCAAGGCCCUUGCCUCCAAGUUCAACUGCGACAAGAUGAUCUGCCGCAAGUGCUACGCUCGUCUCCCUCCCCGUGCCACCAACUGCCGCAAGCGCAAGUGUGGACACACCAACCAGCUCCGACCCAAGAAGAAGCUCAAAUAAACGAAUACUCCAUGGAUGUGGCGUCUGGGAUUUGGCAUUUGGGGGUCGAUGGCAAGGACAGAGGAGAGCUUCUUUUCUUUUGUUCACACGAGGCUGGUUGUUUUUACAUUAGCAUGUGCAGCUCAGGCAAUACAUUCUAGAUGAUGCCCAUAUUGACGAUGUGCCGUGCCGCGAGGUGUUCCGGCCAGACCCCUUCAAAAGAAAUAAAAGCAUUCACGCUUCGAGAUGGUUUUGUGCAUGGAAAUGAGUGACUGUGGGUAAUCUUGGGGAAUGGGAAAGAAGGCCCAGCUGUGAGGAUGACGAUAAAACUCAUAGCUUACAGAGCUCCUGACAAUUGAUUUGAUUCUCAAGCUA